GCACGCGGUGGACGUGAACAAGCGCCUGACGUGCUGCGUGUACCCCAGCAUCAAGUGGCCUCACGCCAUCAACGCCCUCAUCAAGAAGAUGCUGGACUCUGUUCUGUUCUCGCUUGACAAGCACUUCAUUGUGAAUGAUAGAUGGCUGGUUGCGUUGUUAAACCUCAUCUGGGAAGGAAUUAUUUGGAGAUCCGACUACAGGGCCAUAUUCAUAUCAAACAACGGGAUUUACAAACUUUUAGACUUGAUUUCUAUGACAAGGGCUCCAGUCCAGUGCAUCGCGUUGGCGAUGGUAUGCGACGUAGCAUGCGCGGGCGACGCGGUCGGCCAGCUCGUGUCUUGGCGAGCCACCAUGGGCGCUAGUCAUGCCAAUCCGAUGACGGUAAAGCGAGGGGCGACGAUCGCUACCCUGCUGGCUGCCAUAUUUAGAGACGAAUGCCACCGGACCGGUGUCCGUCUAAAUGAAAAUGGAAUAAUACAAGAUCUGGACUAUCCAUUGAUGUCAGCAGACGUGAAGAGUGCAAUGUUCGGGCCCGACUUCAAACAUGGCAAGAGCAAACGAACCGUAAUGUGCUAUGCAGCUGCUGACUUGGCCGGUUCACGCUUGUCUAAGACAUUUGCGCUAUUACACAUGCUGUCAGUGGAUUUAGAUUACAUAGUUUCAUUGGCGGACGAAGCUUAUAAUAUGUACAAAAAUAUCAAACUGGCGCCAGAAGACGAGGCAGUGCUAACGUUAUGCUCCCACUACUUCACCGUAAAGCUCAACGAGGUAUGGCAGGAGACUCAGAUCCAAUGCCCGAACUUGCUGCCUCAAGACCAUGACGUUCUGGCUGAGUUUCUUCACAUUGGGAAAGGUUGGGCAAAGGAAAUUAAACUCCAACAGGAAGAUUUAAUAGAAAAAGAUAGAAAGAAGGAGUUCGAAGAAGAGUGUUCGCUCUACGCGUUCCUAGCGCGCGUGCGCCUGAACAUAGCUUUAGACGCGCUUCGCGAAGUGCGGUGCGUUGCGCGCUCAGCGGAUCGCUCGCGAAUGACGCACGCGCUGAUCCACGACGCGGUUCUGGCGCACCACCGCCGCUCCGUCUUCUCUAGAAGGCUGGACGCGCCCGUCUUGAGGACUUACGGGCCGUCUUUGGAUGACCAGAACAUAACAGGGCAGUACGUUAAAGUUUACAGCAUACUGCCAAAAGACAAGCCCAAGCCAAGGGAGGACAAUAUGUCAUCGACGUCAUAAUUUUCUUCUUAUUUAAUAGCAUACUUAAUAUUGUAAUAAUAAAACAUUUAAUUUCUUUA